AUGCCGCUGAAGAUCAAGCCCAUGCUCAACAUACUCGUUGUUUUGGCGCUUCUCAUUUUGUCGAUCGUGGUGCUCUGUACGAUAGGCACGUUGCUCACUUGUGGUUCUGAGUGUCACAUCUAUCUGAUAGUUAUCAUUGUCAUGAAUAUUGUUGGACUAUCUUUAUUCAUCUUUUCUCUCUGGGCAAGGUGGACCUGCUCAGACAGCUCAGUCGAGGAAAUAGACCUUAUGCAAGGUGCAAGUCGUCGCUUCAAUCGCUCUCCGAGAUCUCUUGCUGGCAGCGUGGAACUUGUAUACCAGCCUGUCAAUCAUCCAGCUCAUCCUGCUGCUUUUCACCACGUGUCAACGAGAACUUCUACGCCUUUGAACAGACUAAACAGCUCAAGAUUCAAAUCCUCGGAGACGCUCAAGAGCUCAGCGCCUUCAUUGUACGAUCACUACCGACAAACGAAUGAGUUUGAGAAGCGGCUCAAUAUGGAGCCAACAUACUUGGACGAGCUACCAAUUGUGGAGGAGGCUGGAAAUACGUUCGGACAUUUUGUGAGUAGAAGAUACGGAUCGAGCAAUACCAUCACAUACGGAGGUCAAUAUCGAACAGUGUCGAGACCGGGAACUAUUGACAGGCACCUGAAUAACAGACACAACAUGACAAUGUCUACUUCAACAACUCUUCAAUCGCACAUUCUUCCAGAAGCCCCUCAAUUGCGGUAUUAG